AUGCAAUAUUUGCUGAAGAAGUUGGCAGAAGCCAACUAUGUUCACUUUGAAAGACAUGAAGAAGAUUCGGGUGUCAUUAUGGAACUUUUCUGGGCUCAUCCUAAUGCUAUUAAACUCUUCAACACAUUCCCUCACGUGGUAAUCAUGGAUUGCACAUACAAGACAAACAAAUUUCAAAUUCCAUUGCUUGAAAUGGUUGGCCUCACUUCUACUGGUCUGACUUACUCCAUUGCAUUUUGCUACAUGACUCGUGAGCGCACACCUGACUAUGUUUGGGCCUUGGAGUGCAUGAAAUCUCUACUUGCUGACCCUGCCCGAUUACCUGGAGUGAUUGUGACUGAUAGGGAAUUGGCUUUACUCAGUGCUGUUCGGAAUAUUUUUCCUGAGGCUACCCAUUUACUAUGCCUAUUCCACAUAAACAAGAAUGUUGAGGCAAAGUGCAAAUUGUGGGUUGACACAACGGAUUUUAAAGCCUUAGUGAUGCAAAAGUGGAAUGAAGUGGUAUAUGCGGAAACAACUACACAAUUUGAGGAGGAAUGGAGCGACAUGUGUGAUAUGUGUAAGGAUCAUCCAAGGUUCACAUCGUACAUUUAUGACACUUGGUUGGUUCACAAGGAGAAAUUUGUGAAGGCAUGGACAAACAGAGUGAAGCAUUUUGGAACGACAACAAGUAACAGGGCUGAAAGUGCACAUGCAAGCUUGAAGAAGAUGCUUAGGAAUGGCAAGGGUAACCUGUGCGAUUCAUGGGAAGCAAUUGAUAGGUUGACCAUUGUACGCCACAAUGCAAUACAAGCAUCGUUUGAGCGCAGUAUUAACAUUGUAGAGCACCGUUUCAAGUCUCCAAUGUAUAAGAAUAUGAGAGGAUUCGUUGCUAAACAUGCACUUCACCUAAUGUAUGAUGAACAAAACAGAUUUUGGGGUCAUGGUGAGAAAUGCGGUUGCGUGAUGAAAGUCACUCAUGGACUACCUUGCGCUUGUGCACUUCAGAGUAUUGCCUCAAUUCCGUAUGCAGCAGUUGAUCCAUUCUGGAAGAUACUUUCUUGGGAACAAGUGCCUGUUGUGGAGAGUCAAACCUCAAACAGUGGAUGCAUGCCGCUAGAGAUUGAGGCUUUGUGGGCUCAUUUCAAUACCUUGGAUGAUGCGGGCCAAAGUAUGCUGAGAAGGAAGCUUAAAGAGCUUUAUUGUCCUCAAAUCAGUUCAUUGUGUCCUCCUGAAGUGAAGAUAAAGCACAAUCAAUCGUCCAAGGAGAGGAAAACCAAACCUCCUAGAGGUCAAUCAAUAGGAUCCACCCAGCGUGACCUUUCACAUUGGGAACAUGUUGACAAUCAGACCAAAGAACAAGAAUCGAAAGCUAGCAAGAGGAAACCUAGGCUCACCAAAACUCCUAAAACAACUCCAACAUCGCAAGCUCCUAAGUCAAAGAACAAGAUGGCUAUGACGGCCACCGGCUCCAAAAUCUACUUACCGGAGUUGCCAUCUUUUUUAUGGCCAUAUAUACAUGAAGUGAUAGAUGUUGUCGGGGAUGGUAAUUGUGGAUACAGAGCCGUCGCUGCAUUGCUGGACCUUCAGAACGGUCAGGACGGUUGGCCUCGGGUUAGGGAAGAGCUGAUUGUAGAACUCACACUCUAUGAGAAACACUAUACACGCAUGUGGGGUUAUGAUGUGAGCCACUAA